AUGGCCUCUUCAGUAUUUGUUGCUCACUUUCUCUGCUUCCUUUUGUUUCAGCUGCACUUCAUAGCUACUUGUUUUCCAUCUUUUUCUUUCAAUUCCUCUUCUUCAACUCCAUUAUGCCACUAUGAUCAAAGUCUUGCCUUGCUUCAGUUCAAAAAUUCAUUUCCUAUUUCAAAAACUAAACUUCUCUUGCCGAAUUCUAAGACUAAAAUAUCGACUCCCAAGACAGAGUCAUGGAAAGAAGGGACAAAUUGUUGCUAUUGGGAUGGGGUCACCUGUGAUAUUGAUACAGGUAAUGUAAUUGGUCUUAAUCUCUCUUAUAGCUUGCUAUAUGGCACCAUCAGUUCUAAUAAUAGUCUUUUCUUCCUUAGUCAUCUCCAAAAGCUCGACCUCUCUGGUAAUUUUUUAAAUCAGUCACAGAUUUUACCUCAGUUUGGCCAAUUCAUUGCUUUGACACACCUUUAUCUAAAUUAUUCAGAUUUUUCUGGCCAAAUCCCACGAGAAAUCUCUCAUCUAUCCAAUCUAAUUUCACUUAAUCUGUCUUGGAAUGAUCUUUCACUAGAAGCCACUACUUUUAGCAAGAUCUUUCAGAACCUUACCAGACUACAAGCAUUGGACUUGAGCGAUGUAGACUUGUCUUUGGUUGCUCCUAGUUCCUACCCGAAUCUGUCUUCUUCUUUGUCAUCUCUCAGCCUCAAGGAUUGUGGCUUGCAAGGAAAAGUUGCUUUUGCUCAUCUAUCGGAAUUGCUUUCGCUCAUUCUCUCUGGGAAUGAUAAUCUAACAUUUGAAGCAGCUACUUUUGAUAUGCUCGUUCAAAACCUGACCAAUUUGCAGGAGUUAGACUUGAGCUAUACCAACAUGUCUCUUGUGGCACCUACUUCUUUGAUGAAUCUGUCUUCUUCUUUCUUAUGGCUUGGAUUCGAAAAUUGUGGAUUGACUGGGAGAUUACCAGACAACAUUUUUCAACUACAGAACCUCCAAGGGCUCGAUUUAGGAGGCAAUGGCGAUCUCACUGGCUCAUUACCUCGACACAAUUGGAGUAGUUCCCUACAGGACUUAAGUCUUUCAGAGACACAAAUUUCAAUAUAUUUAGAGCAUGACUUUUUCAAGAAUUUGAAGUCAUUGACAGCUAUAGACCUUAGAAGUUGCCAUUUCGUAGGGUCAGAUCUUUCUUUGUUUGGUAAUUUGUCGCAGCUCACCGAGUUGGACCUCUCAAAUUUAUCAAAUAAUAGAUUCAUCGGUCCAAUUCCUUCUCAAGUAGGCGGGCUUCAAAGUCUCUUUUACCUUUCUUUGUCCAACAACCACCUUAGUGGUCAAAUUCCUAAUUAUUUUACAAACUUCACUAGACUUGAAUCCUUAGAUUUAUCAAAUAAUAGAUUCAAUGGCCCAAUUCCAAGUUCAAUCUUUGAAAUUGUAAAGUUGGAGGUUCUCAUCCUUUCAUCCAACUACAAAUUCACAGGAGAAGUCUCACCCGCAAUUUGCAAGCUAAAUUCUCUCCAAAUUCUUGAUCUCUCAAACAACAGUUUUACUGGAUCCAUUCCACAAUGUCUUGGAAACAUGAGCCUCUCUAUAUUGCAUUUGGGCAAGCACAAUUUCAAUGGAAGUACCUCUGCUGUAGCUUUUUCAAAGGGAUGCAAUUUGAGAUAUUUGAACUUCAAUGGCAACCACUUACAAGGUCGAGUCCCACAAUCUAUCCUCAAUUGCAAAAAUUUGGAAUUUUUAGACUUGGGCAACAAUGAGAUGGACGACACAUUUCCUUGUUUCUUGGGAACUCUCUUGGAACUGCAAAUUCUCAUGCUAAAAUCCAACAAACUACACGGAUCAAUAGAAUGUUCUAAUAUGACCGAUUCUUUCCACAAGGUACAGAUUUUUGACCUCUCCAACAACAUGUUCAGUGGAUCUUUGCCCACAAAUUAUUUUGUUGGUUUCAAAGCUAUCAUUAAGAGUACUGAUGAGAAUUUUGGAUACAUGAGGGAUCGAAAUUACUCAUUUGUUUAUUCUGUGAGGUUGACAAUCAAAGGAGUGGAGAUGGAGUUCGUGAAAGUCCAAACACUUUUCACAACAAUUGAUUUGUCAGGUAAUAGAUUCACGAGGUAUAUUCCACAAUCGAUUGGGAUGCUAAAAUCACUGAAAGAGCUAAACAUGUCUCAUAACAAGUUCACAGGCAAAAUUCAAGCAUCACUCAGAAACUUGGCCAAUUUAGAAUCGCUAGACCUCUCUUCAAAUUCUUUUAAUGGACAGAUUCCUACGGAACUGGUAGAUUUAACAUUUCUUGAAGUUUUUAAUGUUUCAUAUAACCAACUUGAAGGUCCCAUACCUGAGGGUAAACAAUUCAACACAGUUGAAGUCACUUCAUAUGAGGGGAACUUGGGAUUAUGUGGAUCUCCACUAAAAAAGGUAUGUGAUAAUGGGGAUAAGCAACAACAAGCACCAUCAAAUGAAGAUGAUUCAAUGUAUGAAAAUGGAUUUGGAUGGGAAGUUGUAGCAAUUGGAUACGGCUGUGGAGUUGUAUUUGGCCUCAUAAUCGGAUACACUGUCUUUCAAACAAGAAAACCUCUAUGGUUUGUCACAUUGGUUGAAGAUAGAUCCAAACGAAGGCCAAAAAGAUCCAAAAGAAAUGUUCGUGAAGCUAAUAGAAGAUGAAACAUAUAAAUUGCUAUUUAUG